GGCUGUAUUAUCUGCUGCUAUUUGCAGUUCGCUGUAGCCAGGCACCAGACUGAGCUCCAGUAAAAAAGCUGCACCAGCUUCUUUUUACUUCUCUUCUGUGAUGGAAACAAUCUCAACUGGAUCGGCAUCUGCAUGGAAAAAGGAGGACUGUAACUCUUGCCUGUGGCUCUGCUCUCUCCAUGCAAAACACAAGGGAUUCAUCUGAACCUCUACUCUAAGAGGGCAGAGGAUGGAGGCAGGUGAAAGGAACAGCACAUGGACAGUGAAAAGAUUAUACAUGAGGUUGUUUGGAAUCAUUCUGUUGCUUGGAACUGAUCUGAGCUGGCUGAGCUUGAAAAAACAGGCUCUGGUCAGUGCCCAGAAUAAUGAGAGAAGGGUGCUGGCGCAUAUCCCAGGUGACAUUAUCAUUGGAGCUCUGUUCUCUGUCCACCACCAACCACCUGCAGACAAGGUGCAUGAGCGAAAGUGUGGAGCCGUGCGUGAACAGUAUGGGAUCCAGAGAGUGGAGGCCAUGAUGCACACUCUGGACAGGAUCAAUGCAGACCCCAAUAUCCUUCCAAAUAUAUCUUUGGGCUGUGAGAUAAGGGACUCCUGCUGGCACUCAGCAGUGGCGCUGGAGCAGAGCAUUGAGUUUAUCCGGGACACACUAGUGUCCAGCGAUGAGGAGGAGAGCCAGGCUAGAUGCACAGCAGAAGCUGGGACUUUACUUCUGCAAGGAAAGAAGCCCAUCGUGGGACUCAUAGGACCGGGAUCUAGCUCUGUGGCAAUCCAGGUGCAAAAUCUCCUGCAGCUCUUCAACAUCCCACAAAUUGCAUACUCAGCCACCAGCAUGGAUCUCAGUGACAAGAGCCUGUAUAAAUACUUCAUGAGAGUGGUGCCAUCAGAUAUGCAACAGGCCAGAGCCAUGGUGGAUAUUGUCAAGAGGUACAGCUGGAGCUAUGUGUCUGCAAUUCACACAGAGGGUAACUAUGGUGAGAGCGGCAUGGAGGCAUUCAAAGACAUGGCAGCAAAAGAGGGGAUCUGCAUUGCCCAUUCUGACAAAAUAUACAGUAAUGCAGGGGAACACAACUUUGACAAACUGCUGCAAAAACUCAGGGGCCAUCUACCUAAAGCCAGAGUGGUGGCCUGCUUUUGCGAGGGUAUGACAGUCCGAGGCAUUUUGAUGGCGAUGAGACGACAGCGCCUGGUGGGAGAGUUUCUGCUGGUGGGAAGCGAUGGAUGGGCGGACAGGUAUGAUGUAACUGAUGGCUAUCAGAUGGAGGCCGCUGGUGGAAUCACCAUAAAGCUAAAGUCAGCUCAUGUGAACUGGUUCGAUGAUUAUUACCUGAACCUGAAGCCUGGUUCCAACCUGAGAAACCCGUGGUUUCCUGAAUUCUGGCAGCACCGUUUCCAGUGUCGCCUGAGAGGACAUCUGCAGGAGAGCACAAAGUACAACCGCACUUGCAGCUGGAGAGAAUCACUGCGACAUCAGUACGCCCAAGAUACAAAAAUGGGUUUCGUCAUAAAUGCAAUUUACUCAAUGGCUUAUGGCCUACAUGCCAUGCAGCAAGCUCUCUGUCCAGGAUAUAAGGGUUUGUGUGAAAACAUGCGGCCCAUAGAUGGCCGCAAGCUGCUGGAUUUCCUGAUGAGAACCAACUUUACUGGUGUAUCUGGAGAGACCAUCCACUUUGACCAGAAUGGAGACUCACCUGGCAGGUAUGAAAUCAUGAACUUCAAGCAGAUCGGCGUGGACCAGUAUGCUUACAUCCAUGUGGGAAGUUGGGAUCAGGGUGGUUUAAAGAUGAACGAUCAGGAAAUAUGGAGCAACAGUAGCGAAAUUAUCCAAUCAGUCUGCUCUGAGCCCUGCCAAAAGGCUCAGAUCAAGGUGAUUCGUAAAGGAGAGGUAAGCUGCUGUUGGACUUGUACUCCCUGCAAGGAGAACGAAUUUGUCUUUGAUGAGUACACUUGUCGAGCUUGUGUCCUGGGCUACUGGCCUACAGAUGACCUCACUGGUUGUGCUCCAAUUCCAGUCCAAUAUGUGCGUUGGGGGGAUCCUGAGCCAAUAGCAGCUGUGGUUUUCGCCUGUCUGGGCCUCAUGGCGACACUUUUUGUUACUUCUGUCUUCAUCAAGUUUUGGGACACUCCUGUGGUGAAGUCAUCCAGUCGAGAGCUUUGCUACAUCAUUCUCGCCGGAAUAUGUCUGGGAUACGUGUGCACCUUUAGCCUCAUCGCCAAGCCACAUAUUGUCUACUGCUACCUGCAACGGCUGGGGAUCGGUCUGUCCCCUGCCAUGAGCUACUCAGCUUUAGUUACCAAGACCAACCGUAUAGCACGCAUUCUGGCAGGCAGCAAGAAGAAGAUCUGCACCAAGAAACCGCGUUUUAUGUCCGCUUGCGCACAAUUGGUCAUCGCCUUCCUACUCAUACUGCUGCAGCUGGGGAUUAUUGUGACACUUCUUAUCAUAGAGCCACCAGAGGUGAUCUAUGAUUACCCCAGUAUCCGUGAGGUACAUUUGAUCUGCAAUCUGACCACCUUGGGAGUAGUGGCACCAUUGGGCUACAAUGGCCUGCUUAUUCUCAGCUGUACCUUUUAUGCCUUCAAGACUCGUAACGUGCCAGCUAAUUUCAAUGAGGCCAAGUACAUCGCCUUCACCAUGUACACCACCUGUAUCAUCUGGCUGGCCUUCGUGCCCAUCUACUUCGGCUCUAAUUACAAGAUCAUAACCAUGUGCUUUAGCGUGAGUCUCAGUGCUACAGUGGCUCUCUGCUGCAUGUUUGUCCCUAAAGUGUACAUCAUGCUUGCCAAACCGGAGAAGAAUGUACGGAGCGCUUUCACUACUUCCACCGUUGUGCGAAUGCAUGUGGGCGAUGCCAAGAAGGCUGCCAAGGCUGGCAAGUCCUCCAGCAGCAUGGCCAACCUGUUUCGACGUGGUGGCUCUACACAGGACAACAUAAGUUCCAAUGGAAAAUCUUGGGGACAGAAUGAGCGGACCUGCAGACCAAACUUGUGGAAGAGGAUGUCGUUCCAUGUUAAGAAAAAAGACCCGGUUGAGGUAAAUCAGACUGCCAUCAUCAAGCCAUUCUCUAAAGAAAGAGACUCAACUGGAGACAACAGUGUGACAGAGCAGUAUGAGGGGCCACAAUUGUCUCAGUCUUUUACCUGCUCGCCCUCUCAGUCACCAUUGCCCACCAUCAGUCCACUUGCAGUCAAGGCAAGGGGUUGCCAUUCAGAAGAGAGUGGUGAGGAGGUGCAGGUUUUACCAACCUAUGCACCUGAGCUUUCUUGUGGAGUCAGACGGAGAGGCGGGGACAACGGCCAGAUUGCUGCGAUUGUAGAUGGCGGGGCCAUUAGUAUCAUUAGCGUGGGUGAAAUUGGCCAAACUCAGGGUACCACCAUCAUGGACCAGAUCAGCUGCGUUGUUAACCGUUUCACUGCCAACAUCAGCGAGCUGAACACCAUGAUGCUGCCAGGAGGAUCUAUUCUCGGCCCACCUUCCACCACUCCUCUGCCCGUUGCCUCAGAUAACUCCCCGUGUCCAUCCCAGUACCUCAACAGACAGACGCCCUCUACCGUAACCACAUAUGCCGAAGUGACUGCUGUCUCCAGCUGCUGCGAUAAUCGAGCUAAGAUUUAUGAGCAACUAGCUGGGACUUGUACGGGGGGCAGACGGGCAAAGAAUCCAGAGGAGCUGAUGGCUCUGACCCCUCCCUCCCCGUUCAGGGAUUUCUCCCUGAGCUCAAAUGAGAGCUCGCCUCCCUCCCUGUCCCCUGCUUCUGAAGCUGAAUGCGACCACCUGCUGCUGAGACACUACCAGAGCUCCUCUUCCCUUUAAACCUGCUGUCCUUUCUGUGUUUAUCUGUUAUCUGGGGUAUUUUUAACUCCUGAGACAACAGUUUAGCCAGGACCAAAAUUUUAAAUGCCUUUCUACAUGUGAAUAUUAUGGAUAUUCAGUGGGGUUUUGUAAUAUUUUUUAGAUGGGACUGAAUGUGCUUAAAAUGUCAGUUGGGGAUAGGAUGGUAAGAAGAAUGCCGCCAAGAGAUCAUUAGGAAAAGAGAUUGUUUGUGCAGUUCUGAUCAGAUGUUUACACUAAUCACUAACUUCACAUAUUUGGGGCUUUUAAAUAUGUAUUUGAACUAUUCCUUGCAGCUUUAUAAUUUUUUUAAACUAGAAAUGGGUAGCCAAGUUUACACAGGGUAAAAGGUAUACAUAAAUAUAUAAACAUUACAUUAUGCAUACCCCCAACCCCACUAGUAAUAGCAAUAAUGGAUGCACAAGUUUAAAUUUAUUGUGGAUUUUCUGUAAUCCACACUGUCAAAUUUAUCAAUGCAGGCUUGAUCAAUGCAUACAUGCCUAUUAAAAUUUGGAAAAAUGCCCUUCAGCCAGUUGCAGAGAAACACUUUUGGUACCCAUCAACAAUGUUCUGCUUGGAGCACACUUCUAAUCACAAAUUUCUGUGUGGACCAGGCUUUUAUUUAUGGUCCAACAAUUUUCAGCAGGGUUGAGGUUGACGCUAGUUGAAAAGCUUAACAGUGGCCUCCUUUAUCCAUUUUUAAACCUAUUUUGAUAUCUGUUUAGGAUCAUUCUUAGCUGUGUCCAAGUUUCAACCAUCUAAACAAUGUAAACGAUGUAGACAUUUCUUAUCAAGGGGCGACUGUGGCUCUGGUGGUAGUGGUUUGUCCUGUAACUGGUGGGUUGCCGGUUCAAACCCCUGCUCCAUCCAUCUCAGUUGGUGUGUACUUGGGCAGGACAGUUUACCCACCUAGCCUGCUAAUGGUGGUCAGAGGGCUCUGUCAGUCUGCCCCAUUAUAGCUGUGGGUACAAUGUAGUCAGUGAGUGGAUGAUGGAUUUUAGUGUAAAGAGUUUUGGUCCUCAGACUAGAUGAAGCGCAAUACAAGUACAGUCCAUUUACCAUUUUCACCCUCUUUGUCCAAUGCAUCAGUACCACUGGCAAUAAAAUAGACCAUCAGCAUGAUGCAUAAUGCUAAAAUACAGUUGUUAAGAGUUCUUUGGUCAUAAAGAUGCCCCCAAACAUUUAUCCUGCUGUGGUCAAAAAGUUAAAUUUUUGUCUCAUCACACCAAUAAACUUUUCUGUUGGUGUUUAUUUUUGUGGUGGACCAUUUUUCUUGGUCAGCACCCUCACAGUUGAUAUUGAUUUUGAACUGUCACCACUGUGGACAGUGACACUGGUGUUCCAGCAACUUCCAAUAUACCAUCUUUUUGGAUCUUGGCGGGUUUUCACUUGUUCCAGAACAUCCUGACCAAUUUUAUUUCACAUGAAGGUGGCGGUUCAGGUUAGAUGGUUCCAGCUUUGACAGAAUUUGGUGUUUUAACAAGAAAAUAAGAUAAUUUUCAGACAGAUUUUUGUAGAUAAAUGACUGCAUUCUUUGGCUGCCGCCAAUGACUUCUGUUGUGUCGCUGUUGUCUGAGUCUUCCGCUUGCAUCUGUGUGUUUGAGUGAUGUUCACACACUGGCUUGUAAGCUGCCAGGGGUGUGAAUUUGAUUGACAGGUAUCAUAAAUAAAUCAGAUUGGAUGAAGAAUGGCACAAAAAGCCCUGAUUUGCCUUUGGGUGCAUAGAGCUCUGCCCAGAGGGAGAUCUUUAAGCAACUAAUUGAAGACCACCAUGAAGUCACAUAGAAGCCAAAAGUUUAACAAUAUAGGGUACUCAUUUGGCCAGCAUCCCUUCCCAUUGAAAAGUAUUUAUUUAGGUCUACACAAAAAAUAACCCCAACAAAAGCCAAAAUAGAAUGGGAAUGGUUAAAAAUCAAAAGGCACAUUUCUGGUGAACAGAUGUGAUAAUUGAUUCACAUUUUGUAAUUAAUAUUUACUGGGUCUAUACUAUUUUCCAGCAACUUUUUAUGGGGGUUGCGCCCUAGAAAAUCCACAGUAAAUUUAAAGUUCUGUACCCAAAGGUUGUUUUUAAAUUGUUAUUGCUGUUGUACUUUGCAUACCUAUUCCAUCCUGGAAAAGGAAGGGAUACAAUAACUAAUUCUAACCCAAAAAUCUAAUCUAUAUGACAUUUAUGCCAAUGAUGAGUGUAUCUAAAUGUCUGACAGUAACGGCACAAUCAGAACAUUUUAAAUAUUAAAUGUAUAAAAAACAAUAACAAGAAAACUGAGCUCUGCUUUUCAUCAACUUAGUUAUAGUGUGCUAUAACCAAUGGGCAUUUAAAGACUUUCUACAGCUUUUUCUUAAACAUGUUUUCUAAGCAAAAGACCAUUAAGAUGGUAUUGAAUCAUGUUUUUCUUUGAUGAAGUCUUUUCUGACUGUUUCUUGAAAUUAAUUUAAAAUAGCAUAUGGAUUUCAAUCUAAAUCAGUGCAGGUAUUAAACUGUUGUAUUUUAGUUAUAUAUUUUUAACUAUAUAUGACCACUGAAUGGAUGAUUUGUUUUUAUAGCUUUUGAGUUUCUGUAUAUGUGUUGCUUUCAUUACCGAUAAACCCCCAAAGAAGAAUAACUGACAUUAGAUUUGACAUAUUUUUACUCAUUGACUAAUUCAUUGGCAACCCUUGCAGACAGAAAGCUUUGUGAAUCCUGAUAGUCAAGAAAAAACAUAUAAAUACUGCAGAUAAUGCAACUUUUUAUGCAUUAUUUUUCUCUAUUCAACAAGUCAUCCUCUUCUGAGAGGAAAAAAGCUAUUUGCAUCUCCAGGGAUACAUGCUACUGUCUCAGUGAACAAAAUCAUCAGGGACAUAACCCACAAAGAGCUUAAAGACAAUUUGAAUGUCUUCUUCAAUUGCUUUAUCGCAAUAUAACUUAGCUGAAUGUACGGUGAGUUAAGAUUUGUAAUUGGACAAAAAUUAUUUUCCAUCUCAGGAUGCAUCUGAACCAAAAACCUUUCUGACUGCAACUCUUCCCUGCUGGAUUAGUGCGGUUGCUGGUUCAAAAUGUUUCCCGCCUGCAUGAUGACAUUGUUUAAAUUGCAUUCAUAAUGUGUUCAUUAUAAAUAUCUUGAAAUCAGACUUUCAUGGUCAUUAGAUACAGUAGCAAAGCCAUGAUACAAGAAGUAAGCUUGAUUGUUUUUAGGCUUAGUUUUAGCAAGGGAGAAGCAAACUGUGUUGAAAAUGCGUUGUAUGUUUCCAACCUUGCUGCGCCAGUCUCCAGUCUCCUGCUGUGGAUUGUGUUUUGUUUUGUUAAAAUAGGUCACAAAAUUUACAUUUCUGUUGCCUGAUACUUUCAGCUCACUCGGUACUGUUUUGUUAUGUUUUUUCCCUAUUUGCUGAUGUAGAUGCACGUUCGUAUUCACUCACUUACAGUAUUUCAGCCUGUGAGACAAAACUUAUAUUUAUGUUGCAGCUAUCCUUUACAUGUUUAUCUAUUUCUUUAUUUAAAGUUUGGCUUCGGUCCCUUAUUUGUCAGUUAAUAUUUACACAGGUGAUGAUGUGUUUAUAUUCAGUAGUUUUUUUUUUUUUACUGAUUCUUGAUUUAAAUAUACUCAUAGAAAGUUACCAUAUAUGCAUGUAGCUUGAUGCCAGCUCAGAUUUAGCAGAUUCAAAUAUGUGUUUGUGUUUGUGACUUAUUAAAGAAAGCCUGUAUUUUUUUCUUUUAUAAAUUGGUGACAGACUUUUACUGCAUUAAAGGAAUUCAUCUAAA